UUUAUUUUGAAACUCGUUUUGAGAAACUCUACGGAAAGUUUGUUUCUUUUCGGAUGCGCUUCACUCUGUUGUGCUGAACUCGUGCUCCGCUCCACAAAGAACUAUCGUGGCUUAUACUUUUUUGAACAUGUACGUGGAAUUAGUCGAAAAGUAUUAUAAACCAAGUUAAGCAAACGAUUUAUAACCGAAUAGAGGAGCUGAACUUCUGCACACCUUUGAGCAGCAGGAUGAUGCAGGCAGGAGUCUGUCUGAGACAGGACACUGAGACAACACUACCAGAGCUCACUGAGCAGCACAGGAUCAGACUGAAAGAAGAGGAACUCAGUGGACUGGAGUCAGAGACAGAGUGUGCUGCACCAGGACUCAACACACUGGAGCCAGAGUGUGUUACAGCACACAGCAGCGGGGUCAGUGAUGGACACCACACACACACAUCAGUGAUAAAAACAGAAGCUGAUCUGGGCUCCACCCACACUGGGGAUCUUAUUAAGACGGAGAGCCUAGACUUUACAGAGCUGGGAUAUGAAACCCAUCUGCAUCCUGACCAAAUCAAAACAGAGACUGAAGAUGGAGGAUACCUUCAGGCAGAACACAUCAGUGACCUGCAUGUUAUUGAAUGUGUUGAUGAAUUGAAGUGUGAAUCCAGUGAAAGUUUAGUGAGUGAUCUCAUGAACACUGUGAUGGAUGGAGCUGGUGUUGAUCUCAAAGAUCAGGCUGAACCAUGGCAAUGUGCAGGAGAGACAAUUUCAAAUAGCACCAAACAUAUACAUUGUCAGAGAAUGAAUGUCUUCACUGAAUCCAUGAUAAUUAAUUCACGAAAAAAGCCAAGCCUUUUGAAUUUCUCUCAAAAGAAGAUAAUUCAUAGAAAGAAAGGUGAAAAUCAUACAGUUGAAAAGCCACACAAGUGUACACAAUGUGGAAAGUGCUUUUCCCAAAUAUCUCAUUUAAACAGACACCUGAGAAUUCAUACUGGUGAAAAGCCCUACAAAUGUAUUGAAUGUGGAAAGUGCUUUUCCCAAAUGGCUCAUUUAAGUAACCACCAGAGAAGUCAUACUGGUGAAAAGCCCUACAAAUGUAUUGAAUGUGGAAAGUGCUUUUCCCAAAUGGCUCAUUUAAGUAGCCACCAGAGAAGUCAUACUGGUGAAAAGCCCUACAAAUGUAUUGAAUGUGGAAAGUGCUUUUCCCAAAUGGCUCAUUUAAGUAGCCACCAGAGAAUCCAUACAGAUAAAAAGCCCUACAAGUGUAUUGAUUGUGGCAUAUCCUUUUCCCUUAAAUGUAAAUUAAACAGCCACCAGAGAAUACACACAGGUAAAAAGCCAUACAAGUGUACACAUUGCGAGAAGUGUUUUCAUGUUAAAUUUAUUUUAAAUCAACACUUGAAAAUUCAUACGGGUGAAAAACCCUACAAAUGUAUUCAAUGUGGGAGGUGUUUUUCCCAAAUAGGUCAUUUAAGUAGCCACCAGAGAAUUCAUACUGGUGAAAAACCCUACAAAUGUAUUCAAUGCGGAAAGUGCUUUUCUCAAAUAACUCCUUUACGUACCCACCAAAGAAUUCAUACAGGUAAAAAGCCCUACAAGUGUAUUCAAUGUGGGAAGUGCUUCUCCCAAAGAACUAAUUUAAAUAGCCACCAGAAAAUUCAUACAGGUGAAAAGCCAUACAAGUGUACACAGUGUGAGAAGUGUUUUCAUGCAAAAUCUAUUUUAAAUCAACACUUGAAAAUUCAUACUGGUGAAAAGCCCUACAAAUGUAUUCAAUGUGGAAAGCGCUUUUUCCAAAUAGCUCAGUUAAGUAGCCACCAGAAAAUGCAUACUGGUGAAAAGCCAUACAAGUGUACACAGUGUGAGAAGUGUUUUCCUGCAAAAUCUAAUUUAAAUACACACCUUAGAAUUCAUACAGGUGAAAAGCCAUACAAAUGUAUUCAAUGUGGGAAGUGCUUUUCCCAAAGCGCUCAUUUAAGUACCCACCAGAGAAUCCAUGCUGGUGAAAAGCCCUACAAGUGUACACAGUGUGAGAAGUGUUAUGAAUUUGAAUCUCAUUUGAAUACACACCUGAGAAUUCAUACUGGUGAGAAGCCAUAUGAUUGUACCAAGUUUAAGAAGUGUUUUCGUGAAAAAUUGUUUUUAAAUACACACCUGGGUAUUCAUGAAAGUGAAAAUCCGUACAAAUGUACACACUGUGAGAAGUCCUUUACUGUAAAAUCCUCUUUAAAUACCCACCAGAGAAUCCAUACAGGUGAAAAGCCAUACGAGUGUACAGUUUGUAAAAAGUGUUUUUGUAGGAAAUCUUAUUUAACUGCACACCUGAGAAUUCAUACAGGUGAAAAGCCUUACACAUGUUCUCAGUGUCAGAAGUGUUUUUCCAAAAAAUCUAAUUUAGAUAGACACCUGAGAAUCCAUACAGGUGAAAAUCCUGAAUCAUGAAUAUCCUGACAGAUGUAUUCGUUGGAAAGUGUCCUUUACAUUAUAUCGUUUGUGAAGGAAGGGCAGGGAUAUCCAACAGAUAACCCAAGAAGCCAUCCUUUCAUAAUUGUUUAAAUUUAAAACAGCUUGUGGUUUCUUAUUUGAUGGAUAUGUUGUCAGACUUAAAUUAGUAAAAGAAAAAUCUCCUUUUGAGAUUCUUUGCCGAUCGUAUUUUGGACAGACACACAAUGACUGGGUCACUCAAAUGCCAUUUUCCGUUUUUAGCAAGCCAUGUGUUGUGCUCUUAAAAUGUACUUUUGAUUUCUUGUAAAUGUGAAAUGUAAUUCCCUGUUGAUUGUGUGGUAUUUUCUAAUGAUGACAUUGACACCAGUGUAAUUAGUUUGAAUGAAACAAUGUGAAAACUGGAUAUGUUGUAUAAAGAAACAUGGAAAUGUGUAUUACAAACUUGUAUUCUGAAAAUGAACUUGACGGCACUGGCCCUUUUCCGUUCUUAUACCGCCAAUGUGGAGGCUGUGCUGUGUUUGUCUAAAGCUGAGCGUGAGACUGCAGACAAUGUUUAAUCUGUGGUGGCAGCAUUUUUAUAGUUUUUCCGAGUAUUAAAUGAAUUGCACUGUGUGUUAAUGUGGCCUCGCAGGUGUACUGUAUAUUUCCUGACCGAGAUGCAGUAAAAUGCAGUAGAACUGAGACAGUGGCGCAGUUUUUGUUGCUUAGGCCGUGUACGUACACGAGCACAUUCGGUUUGAAACAAAACGAUGAAUACGAGGUGUAACUGCAGAUUGUCAUCUGUAGCUUUAUCAUAGAUAUUCUCCACAUCUACACAUUUCAAUAAAUUAUCUGACAAAUGUA